GACGGGUAGAUAGACGCGGAGCAUCACGUGAGAGAGGGCGCUACGGUUCGUCACGUGACGGGGGUGGUCGGCCGCGGGUCUGGCUUCGGCCUCGGAGUGUCUGGAUGGCGGUCGAUAUCAAGUUAAAGCGGGCUAACAAGGUGUAUCAUGAGGAGGAAACUCUGUCUGGAGUGGUUAUUUUAACCAGCAAAGAAGCCAUCCAGCACCAAGGGAUCACCUUGACCAUGGAUGGUGCUGUGAGCCUCCAGCUCAGUGCAAAGAGCGUUGGUGUAUUUGAAGCUUUCUACAAUUCUGUCAAACCUAUCCAACUUAUCAGCAAUAAUAUAGAAGUAGCCAAGGCGGGAAAAUUUCCAAGUGGCCGGACGGAGAUCCCUUUUGAAUUCCCACUGAAAGUAAAAGGCAGUAAAGUUCUCUAUGAGACAUACCAUGGGGUAUUUGUUAAUAUACAGUACACACUCCGGUGUGAUGUGCGACGUCCACUCCUUGCAAAGGACUUGCAGAAGAGCUGUGAAUUUAUUCUGCAUUCGUUGCCUCAGAAAGGCAGGUUAACACCCAGCCCUGUGGAUUUCAGCAUCACUCCCGAGUCGCUGCAAAAUGUCAAAGAGAGGACGCCGCUGCCGGGAUUCAAAAUCCGUGGCCGCCUCGACUCGACAAACUGCAUCAUCACCCAGCCACUGACGGGCGAGCUGAUGGUGGAGAAUCUGGACGUGCCCGUCAAGAGCAUCGAGCUGCAACUGGUGCGGGUGGAAACUUGCGGUUGCGUCGAGGGUUACGCCAGAGAUGCCACAGAAAUUCAAAACAUCCAGAUAGCUGAUGGCAACAUUUGUCAAGGUUUGGCCAUUCCCAUCUACAUGGUGUUUCCCCGGCUGUUUACUUGCCCCACGCUGGAAACAACUAAUUUCAAAGUCGAAUUUGAAGUGAAUGUUGUGGUGAUUCUUCAGGACGAUCACCUGAUCACUGAGAAUUUCCCGCUUAAAAUCUACCGCUUUUGAGUUCUGCAGGGGCAGAGCUAUUGAUUUGGAGAAGUGCAGCAUUGGAGUUCACAACGGACUUUGUUGUUCGACAACUAAUUCGCAUUCCAUUCCGAGAAGCUCAUUUGUACAAAUCGUGGCCUACGGUCAUUUUUUUUUGAGAACUGGACAAUUUUCUUAUUUAAAAGAUAAUAAAUAUUUGCACAAUUGUG